ACUGCCAAUCCAGAUUUUAUGGCAUGCCUAUAACAUGUGACUGUUGUUGUCAAACAUGAUAAGACAUAGUGGAACGCUCUCCGGCGUCAAUUAAACAGGACCCGGCAUUUUCUGUUUAUAGGGCUGACUCGUACUGAGCUACAGCAAUCUUUAAAAAGAUGACAGAAAACGGAGAGAAUAAUGUCAAAAAGGCCCGGAUGGAGGACGACCCUUUCCGCUGGCCCGGGUACACGGGGGAGGCGUACCCAGAGAUGUGUGACAUCCGGGCCAUGCCCCCACAACCGAAGGACUCCGAACUCAAGCCAGGUCAGCUACCGGAGAAACUGAUCAAACAGUACUUUGAAGAGGGCUAUUUGAUAAUAAAAGAUUUCUUCACAAAAGAGGAGCUCCAGGCCUGUAGGGACGACCUAGAAGAUGAGGUGGACAGGCUUGCUAAUAAGCUGUACAAGGCGGGGAAAAUCAAAAAUCUGUAUGAAGAAUACGAUCUGGACCAUCGAUUGAUCAAGAUUGACGAGGAGUGGCCCGGCGCCGUGAUUCUGCUGCACAAAAUUGGACGUCUGCCCCCGUCUUUUAGAGAAUUAUGGGGCAACAAAAGACUUUUAAAUCUAAUAGAACAGCUGAUUGGUCCAGAUAUCGCGGGCAUGCCCAACUGGAACCUGCGAGACAAGACGCCCCACAACGAGGCCACGACAGUUCCAUGGCACCAGGACGCAGGCUAUCUGUCAACGGACAUCUACAAAGUGUUUAUGCCAACUGUCUGGAUCCCCUUUGUCAACACAAACAAACAAAAUGGCUGCAUGGAGGUUGUACCCAAAGGACACUUGAGUGGAAAGGUGGCUGUGCAUCAGUGCUGUGCUGGAGACACGUGGUACAUCAUGCUAGAGGAAGACGAAAUGAAAAAGAGGCUCGGUUGUUCCACAAAAGAUGCAGUUGUGUGUGAAAUACCUUAUGGGGGUUUUCUGUUGUUCAACAAUUUCAUACCUCAUCGAAGUCUUGACAAUAAAUCGGACCAUAUUCGCUGGAGUGUUGAUCUGAGGUUUAAAGUCCCUGGAGAGAAUAACGGGAUGUUUGGGCUCAAACCUGACGUCAUCAUGCGGACCAAGGAAAACCCAAACAUGGAGAUAGACUGGGAAACGUUCGAUUCUCUGAACAGGACUGAGCUGCAGAUAAAAUCAGUCAAAGACAUCGUCGAUAUAAAAGCUGAUCAAGAAUUUGAUGCGACCGUACAAGGGCCAUGGAUGAGAAAAUGGGAGAUCACGCACAUAAAUACACACGUCAAAAAGCAUCAACAGCAGGAAAAGGCAAAGGGAAAGUGACGAUGGACAUAAAAACGCUACAUUUUUCAGCAACACAUUUUUAUUAUUCACUGUCAUAAAAAACAUUUUUUUCCCUGUGAUUUUGUGUACUUGUGUUAAUUUGUAAAAUAAAAAUUGCAAUAAAAUUUUA